AACUCAAUCGGACGUGACCGAAAUACGACACUUUUCCUGAUGAAAAAGCCUUCUGGCUCACAAAGGGCGCGUUAUUACCGUUUUGUAACAAGUGUUAGAGUUAAGUUUUGUUGGCGGCGGCUGAUGAAAGGCUCGCGCGGCGCUCGCGACCAGCGUCGUAGCGCAUUGCGUCAUUGCGACGGCGGCAGUGACAGACGCACUUCCUAAUCGGAGUUUAUGGAGUGUGACUUUGGAUGGAACACGUGUAAGUCAUAAAAAAUAUUUUAAACAGCAUUCCAGAGGUAAAGAGACGACCGUUUCUUUUCUUUUUUUUUCCAGAGAAAUAUUUCCUGAUAGUCUCACCUGUGCGUCCAGGUGAGUCGACGUACGCUACGACGCAACAUCACGCGCCAGCUGCGCGUGCGUCUGUCUGAUGUCCAAGCAGAGGUAACAGUAAAAUGGAGGAGUUGGCUCUGCGGGCCGUGCUGGAAUGCCCCCUGUGUUUUGAGCAGUUGGAUGUGUCAGCCAAAGUCCUGCCCUGCCAGCACACAUUCUGUGUGUCCUGCCUCCAGAGGCAUGAAGCCACCAAUUCCCAGUUGUUCUGUCCGGAAUGCCGUGCUCCCGUCCCAGCCAGGACAUUGGAGGAGCUUCCUACUAACAUCCUGCUAGUGCAGCUCCUGGAGGGGCUCCAAGGCUCUGGGGGGCCCAGAAGGAUCAAACAGACACCACACUACAUGGUGCCCAUGUCCAGUUUGACAGCCAGGGACGAUCAGGAGCAGGAGAGCCUACACAGGGAGAAACAAGGUCACAGUGAGGUGCAGGGCGUCGCCCAGAUGCUGCAGCCACACCAGGAGCCCCAACUGCUGGCUCUCUGCAGAGCGGUGUACGACUUUGACCCUGAAGAGAUGAACUUGGAGGAUUCUCAAUAUUGCCUCAGCUUCCUCAAGGGAGACAUCCUAACUGUCAUCAGGAGAGUAGAUGAAGACUGGAUUGAGGCGAAACUUGGAGACAAAGUUGGAAUUUGCCCUCUGCAGUUCACAGAGCCCAACUCCGUGGCUGCAAAACUUCUAGAGGGAAAGAGUCGAAGAGCCAGUGACUCUGCAGAAUUUCACCUUCGGACAGGGAGCGGGGGCAAGGACAAGGCCGCUGACAUAUCGAAUUGGGCCACACAUGUCGGAGUGCUUCAGGUCCCUACAAAGACACCCGUCAUCAGUGCCCUGCCCUUCUCCAACCAACGGAAGCAGUCCAGCUUCAGCAGCCACUUUCAUCAGGCAGCCAAAGGCAAGAGCACCAACAUCAGCACCUACAGAGUGAACCAUCAGGCUCCAGCACGUUUCUCUGCUGUACACGGACACGCUCAGCCGUCUAGGGUGAACUCUUAUCGCACCAAACACCGGUCUGACAGCACACGCAGACACCUGUCACAGAGUGAGAAGAAGAUGACCAGUGAGACACCACCUACCAUCUCAAUGGCACUCAUCAACCCCCAAAUGGCCCCGGCCAUGACAGAUAGCAGAAAUGCUUCAGCGCAGCAGCUCUCCAUCAGUGUGUGUGCUGUCCUCUACUCCUAUAAGCCACGGCGACCAGAGGAGCUCGAGCUGAAGAAAGGCGAGAUGGUGGGAGUGUAUAGCAAGUUCAGAGAAGGCUGGCUGCGUGGGUUAUCCCUCAGGACAGGCAAAGUAGGCAUUCUGCCCAACAACUACAUCACGCCUGUGCUCAGAACCUCGGCACGACUCGUUGAGACCAAAACAGCUUCUUCGUCCUCACAGCACAACGCAUUAUCUGGAAAGAAACUCCCCACUUCCAAAAAUAGGGUAAACACAGAUGGAGCAAUGUACUCAACAGCACAGGUCCCACCUGUACCAAAUGGAGUGCAGCAUGCAGUGUCAUCUGCUGGUGCUGGAAAGCCAUUCUUGUAUGGAGGUUCACAAGGCUGGGACACAGUAAGGCGUAUCUUUAACCCACGUAGAAAUGAUCGCUCAAUCCAGUUCAGUCAUCCCUCCAAUCUGCACGCCUCCAACAACUCACAGCACUUUGCACAGGUCAGGGUUUCUGGAUACUCGCCUGCUUUACAGAGAAAGAAGAAAAGUAACAUCCUGUCCAUCCCUAGCAGGACUCUGGGCCGAAUGACUGAGUCUGCUGCGCCCUCUACUGCUGCAAUCUUCAUGGACAGGGAGUUCACUGUGCCACAAGAAACACAUUUUGUGAGCGACAGACAGCCAUUCAGUGCCCCUCAAUCAAUUCUAGUCAAACCAGACUCACACAAGAACAGCGCAGAUAAGCCUGCAAAGUCAGUACGGUUUGUCACGGAGGACGAAUUCCCUUCUUCUAGACUUCGGACAUCAGGAAGUCAGGCUUCGUAUAACAGUCGCCCUGGCCCCCCGCCGUUAGAAGUGUGGGCCCCAUCUCUCACCCUGGGAAGAGACGGGCCAGGGAUCAUUCUCAAAGAAGGAAAGGCUCCCAUUCUCAGGAAAAACCUAGAAACAACCAUCUCAGAUCUGAAUUCUAAUCUUCAGAAGCCACUUUUGUCACAGUCCUCGUUACCAGCUGUGUCAGCUCAGUUCAGCCCCAGCAGACACAGAGUGACCAUGACACAUUUAGCCCAGGCAGACUCUGAGCUCAGUCUGCUGCAAGGAGAGCUCGUCCUAGUCCACAGACCUCGACCUGAUGGACGAGUUCUGAUUACUCAAGAGAAUAGCGGCCAGACAGGCUUAUUCCACAGCAGUAUUCUUCAAGCCCUCGAGAGACUCAGCUGACUGUGUUGUAGUGAAGUAUUUGUUUAUAUAGUCUACAUGUUCAAAUUACCGAGAGAUGUGACUUUCAAACAGUGAAAGACUGUAAGGGAGUUCUGAUCCUAAUGAAUCCUGCCAAAUUACUACCCUUUGAAGGAGAUGUGUACUCAUAAGUGACCUCAGAAGAGUGUUGUGUAAACCUGAAGAAGUAUAUUUUCUGUCCAUCUAUGUAUGCACAUGUACUAUUAUAAUAUUUUGCACAAAAACAAAAACCCACCAAAUGUCUGUUCCCUCUUUGAUGUCCAUGUUACACUAUUGGUUAGUGCCUGUGUUAAAACCGCUAAAGAAACAAAAUGCAUGAAAAGAGA